GUCGAGGCACGGGUUACAUUAUACUAUCGCCGUCGAGACAUUUCUACUGCACUACUGAAAAUUGCAGAUCAAGCUGAACGGAGAUUUGACGAAUAUUAUGAGGAAGAUAAACCAAAGCCAGAGAAAUAUGGAGCGGCAGGUCACACAGUGGCGAACGGAGCUGACGUGAAAGCUGAAGAGUCCGACGUGACAGCCAUUCUUUGGUGUCCCAGUGGAUUUCGUCUGCAGCCGACCAAUAUUGCUGAACAUUGUUUUAUCCCUUUAGAUCACAAAAACGAUUCGAAGGAAGAUCCAGAAUCAGAUAAGCGCUUCGAAUGGGGUUCAGCAGGCUUGCCUCUCGGGGUGGACGAACUCGAGGAAGUUAAGCGACACCGAAUCAGGCAGCGAGAACUUUUCCUUUCACGGCAAGUAGAGACCCUUCCAGCCACGUUGAUUCGUGGGAAAUGCCAAACGGGCGAGGUACUCCGCCAUAUCCAGCUUACUUUGCUUGCUGACAAAGGAGCUAUACGAGUAGGCGAGAAGUAUCAAGCAGAAGUACCUGAAACGAUGGAGUGUGACGAUGGGAAGGAGAAUGGCGAUGGCGAUGAAUUGAUGAUUGAUGAUGAAGAAGAGCACAGUGGCAGUGAAAUACGCGCGUCUCGUCGUGCACCAUCAGAAACAGAACGUGAAACACUUGUUUACCAUCCCCAUCACUCCUUAACGGAUCGCGAUAUGGACCAGUUUCUUAUUGUUGCCAGAGCCGUAGGAACCUUCUCACGAGCUCUUGAUACGUCUUCUUCGACAAAGCUGCCCUCUCUACACAUGACUGCAGCGGCUGCCUCUCGCGAUGUAACUCUUUUACAUGCGAUGGCGUUGCUUCACCAAGCUGGUUAUGAUAUUGGUCAGGCAGUGAAAUAUCUUGUUCCACCACCGAAUAAGAACUACUACCCAUUAGAAGCGGACAAGGCAACUGGUAAUAAUACCGUCAGUCUCGGUGGCCCCAUUUUGUGCAGAGAUCAAAUUGAAGAAUGGUCUGCCGCGGAAGCAAAUUUAUUUGAAGAUGCUCUCGAAAAGUAUGGGAAAGAUUUCUCGGAUGUACGGGUCGAUUUUCUACCGUGGAAAUCUCCACGUGAUAUUGUUGAGUACUAUUACAUGUGGAAAACUACAAAUCGAUAUGUCGAGCAGAAGAAGAAGAAAAACGCGGAACAUGAAAGCAAGCUAAAACAGGUGUGUAUUUCUAUUUUUCUUCAUCGGCUAGAAGGAAACAACAUAUGGCAUGCCUGGGGGCCUUCAAACUUGCAGUUGCGCCUUUGCCAUGAAUGCUGGACGUACUGGAAAAAAUAUGGUGGAUUAAAGGAACGACAUGAAUAUGGUAAGUGA